CUUUUUCCCGAAGCUGAACCUGAAAGACCGAACCGUACGCUUUUCUUGUUCAGAAAGUUUAAACCCUACUCAAAAUCUCCAUAAACCCCACAACCGCAUUUUAUUUCCUCUCUCUCAUCGGAAGCAAUUUCUAAGUGAGGAAAAAGGAAAAAUGAAUAUCAAGAACAUGAAAGUUCCUGGUGGUGGUGCUACCUCUGCACUGGUGAAAUUGGGAAUUAUUGGUGGAAUUGGUAUGUAUGCUGUUUCUAACAGUCUUUACAAUGUUGAAGGAGGACACCGAGCUAUCGUUUUCAAUCGUGUCGUCGGUGUCAAAGACAAGGUUUAUCCUGAAGGGACUCAUUUUGUAAUUCCAUGGUUUGAGAGACCAGUCAUCUAUGAUGUUCGUGCACGUCCCCAUCUAGUCGAGAGUACAUCUGGGAGUCGUGAUCUCCAGAUGGUCAAAAUUGGACUUCGAGUCCUUACUCGUCCUUUGCCCGGCCAGUUACCUACAGUUUAUCGGACCCUUGGAGAGAAUUAUAAUGAACGGGUUUUACCUUCGAUCAUACAUGAAACUUUGAAAGCUGUGGUUGCCCAGUACAAUGCCAGCCAGCUUAUUACACAGCGAGAGGCUGUUAGUCGUGAAAUCCGGAAGAUUCUGACUGAGAGGGCAGCUAACUUCAAUAUUGCUCUUGAUGAUGUGUCAAUUACUAGUCUGACCUUUGGCAGAGAGUUUACUGCUGCAAUUGAAGCCAAGCAGGUGGCUGCACAAGAAGCUGAGAGGGCUAAAUUUGUUGUGGAAAAAGCUGAGCAAGACAAGAGAAGUGCUAUAAUUAGAGCAGUGGGAGAAGCUAAAAGUGCCCAACUGAUCGGAGAAGCCAUUGCCAACAAUCCAGCUUUCAUCACACUGAGGAAGAUAGAAGCUGCUAGAGAGAUUGCACAUACUAUAUCAAAUGCAGGAAACAAGGUUUACUUGAAUUCAAGUGAUCUUUUGCUGAACCUUCAAGAGAUGAAUUUGGAGCCUGCCAGAAAGUGAGAUGGUUAAUCUGUUUCUGUUUAUGGUUCUCUUUAAUUUUCAAGUAUAAAAUUAUCGGUUUUAAGGAUGUAAUUUUUCUUGAAAAGUCUCCAAAAUUCUGAUAUAAUUGGAAUGAACUGUCAAACUCAAUGACAUCCUUGUUAAUCAGGAGAGGGACCGUCCAACACCCAAACAAAUGAUUCACGUUGCAUAAAAUGAAAUACCUUCAGCUACUGAAAUAAGUUGGAUUGUUGAAAUUUAUAUUUGCGUUGCGGAACUUUACCAAUGAGUUAGACAGUGUAUUCAACUACUAAAA